AUGUCAGAAAAGACUAUAGACUUUCCAAAACUUGAAUCACUAGAAGAAUACUCAAUCGAAGAGAUUCAAAAUGAGAAAGAUGAAAUUAAGUUGGAACCGUGUUCAGAAGAUGAAGAUUCAGCUUAUAAUCAGGAAUUGGAUCAGGAACGUCCCCAUAAAUGCGACGUUUGUAACAAAUCUUACACAAAACUAAAGCACUUAACAGGUCAUAAAGCCGUUCAUAAUCAAAUAAAAGAGCACCAAUGUACAUAUUGUCCGAAGGCUUUUACAUACAAGGGUACUUUAACAAAGCAUAUCAGAACACAUACCGGUGAAAAACCUUUUGUGUGCACAGCAUGUGACAAAGCAUUCAGUACAAAGAUGAGCUUAAACGAUCAUCUUCGUAUUCAUACCGGGGAACAACCUUACAAAUGCGGUAUUUGUGACAGGGCAUUCAAUAAAAAAGUAAAUUUAAGAAAACAUAAGCUUGUUCAUGCCGGACAACGUCCUCACGCAUGUGAGAUAUGUAAUGCCAGGUUCAGAGAUGCAAGCACAUUAAAAAGACAUAUGUUGACUCAUAGUGAAGAAAGUACCCAUAAAUGUGAAAUUUGUGAUAAAAGUUUCAAAGAAUCGAGACGUCUAGCAAGGCACAUGCUUGUUCAUAGCACAGAAUUCUCUUUUAAAUGUGAAACCUGUGAUCAAACCUUCACUCGACAGGAUAGUUUAAGGAGACACAAGAUUAGGCAUGGAGAAGCCGAUUUCAAAUGUGAAAUAUGUAACAAAGCAUUUGCUGAAGUGAAUUUAUUCAAUGUCCACAUGCGUAGUCAUACUGGAGACCUCCCGCAUAAAUGUUCAAUAUGCAGUCAAGGAUUUGUACAAGAAUCCAGAUUAAAAGAUCAUAUGCAAUGUCACUCAGUAGAAUAG